GCAGGUCCCUUUUUCUCUCUCUCCUGUUCAGAUCUCCAUUCCACACUUCCCCCUCCCCAUGGAGCAAUCCCCAACCGCUCCGCCACCACUCUCCGCGACUGCCGCAACCACGGUGGCGACAGUGCCACCACCACCGCCAGCCAAUCUAGCCUACCCAGAUUCAGUAGACUCCUCUCCACGAUCUCGAAACACCGAUUCAUGGGAUGAGCCACCCUACCCUGCUACUGGUGCAUUGACUGGUGGUCCUCCCUCUUUGAAGCUCCGCCUCAUGUGCAGCUAUGGCGGCCACAUAGUGCCCCGCCCACACGACAAGUCCCUAUGCUACGUCGGCGGCGACACCCGAAUUAUCGUCGUGGACCGCCACACCUCUCUCUCUGACCUCACCCACCGCCUCUCCAAAACCCUACUCGACGGCGGAUUAUUUACCCUCAAAUACCAGCUUCCCAACGAAGACCUCGACUCUCUUAUCUCCAUCACCACUGAUGAAGACCUCGAGAACAUGAUCGAUGAAUAUGAUCGCCUCAACACCACGACCAACACCCAGAAAUCCUCUCGUCUUCGCCUUUUUCUUUUUCCGAUAAAUCCCGAAUCGGCGUCUUCAAUUGGGUCACUUCUUGAAAAUUCUACGAAGUCCGAUGACUGGUUUUUGAAUGCCCUAAAUGGGAAUACAAGAGGGCUUUCAGAAUCUUCGUCGGUGAAUUGUUUACUGGGUCUGGAUGAAGAAAUUGGGGCCGGAAAUAGUGCUGAUUUAUCUCAGAAAGAUGUGGAGAUACAAGCGGAAAAUUUUGUACCUGUGAAGGGUGUGAAUGGUGGAAGUGGUAAGAAUGCUGCUCAGGAUGUUCAGUCGGUGACCGAUUCGCCGAUGCUGGAAACGAUGUCAUCUUUUGGGUCUACUUCUUCGCCGCCGGCGCUUGCGAAUUUACCGCCGAUCAGGGUUCAUGUGGAGGAUAGGAAAGUGGGAAUUGAGGAACAGUUUUCGAACAUUAGUGUUGAGAAGAAGCAAGAUGAUGGGGGUUUUAUGGUUCUGGCUUCGCCGCCCACUGUUUUCACUAGUGCUGCUGCGGCGGUGACGGCUCUUUCUGGUGUGCCGGCGGGUUCUGGGGCGGCGAUCGGGGAGUACCCGAAUCGGGUUUUCUCUGAUGAUGAAAGAUCAGAGCGAGGGAUGCCGGUUGGGUAUCAGAAGCCACCACAAUCACAAUCACUUGCAGAGCCGCAGCCUCAGUCACAGCCACAAACACAAUUGCAGCAGAAACCGGCUGGCAGUGUUCUUGAUUUGCCUUCCCCAGAUUCGGUUUCAAGUGAUGGUAGUUUAACAAACCCAUUGUCUCGCCAAAAACCUAGUCUUUAUCAAGACCCUGUUGUCCAAAUUCCAUCUGGAAACACUAGGAUUUCUGGUCACUCUGUUGAUCCAAACACCCAGGUUCAGUAUCAACAAGCACCAGAUUCUGGAUAUGUUUUGCCAGUCCAGUUUGAUCAACAACAUCCACAGUUACACCAACAACAAUUCAUUCAUGCUGGUUCACAGUAUAUUCAUCAUCAACCUGCUGGGGCAGUGCCUAUUACAUACUAUCCCGUAUAUCCUUCCCAGCAGCAACACCAUCCUCAGUUUUCUGCACAUGAUACGCAAUAUCAGAUGUUCUAUGUGCCUGCCAGGCAGGCCCAAGCUUAUAACUUCCCUGUGCAGCAACCAAGUUAUGGUGAAACUGUCAAUGUAGCCCCUUCUGGCCGUCCUCAAACCCUUCCCCCUGCUGCCAUGGCUCCUAGUCAUAUUCCUGCAUCUUUCAAUACAGCUAGCAAUGUUCCGGCUUCUAAAUCUGAAAUGGAGGCGGGUAUGUACAGAACAGUAAAUGCAGGAGCUCCAUCAUUUAUUCAGGUUUCUUCUAAUCAGAAUCAGCCUCAAUAUGUUGGCUUCUCUCAGAUUCAUCAUCCAUCACAGUCUGUUGCCCCUACUUCAGCUGCUACAGCUAAUUAUACUUAUGAAUAUGCUGAUCCUACACAUGCUCAAAUAUACUACAAUCAGCCUCUGCCACACCAAUACCAAACUAUGACAUCAUCCCCUGCAAUGGUGCUACCUGAAGCUUCUGGUCAGCUUCCUACAGAGAAUGUCAACCAACAAAUCAGAAUGUAACCGUAAUAAGAGGUGAGUUGGGUAAGAAGAAACAAUUUUGCAACGAUGGUAUUGAUUUAUCUUUGUAGUUUCUAUUACAGUGUCUGUCUUGUUAUCGUUAUUGGUUUGUGUUAGGUAUUUGUGAUGGUUAAUAAAAAAUGGGGCCUUCUUUUUCUUCUUUAUUCUCUAUGGUUUAUUGUUGUUAGGGUCUGUGAAAAUGAAAGUGGUCUGGGGUCAUACUGUAAAAGCUCAAACUCAUACUUUUACCUGUUCAAGUCUAUAUAUCA